GCACCCCACCAUCCCUCCCUCUUUUCCAUAUUUUCUUCUAGUAUCUACUCCUAGUCCUAUACACACACACUCUAAAAGAGAAAAAGCUCCAAACUUUCUACCACCCCACCAAAAAAGUUGAAGAUUAGAGUCCAUUUUACUCAAAAUUAACUCCUUUUUAGGAAACCCAUUUGAGUUUUAAUUCGUGUAUGCUAACUCAUUAGUUAGAAACUCAAGCUGAGUUUUUCUUUUCCUCUUCUGUGUUCUUUUGCGCAUGGCGGUUUGUGUGCUUCUUUGGCUAUUACUAGCCAAAGGUCUUGUCUUGGAAACUGCAAUUGCUACCACAUUUUCAUCAAGGAUCAUUCACAGGUUUUCUGAUGAAGCAAAAUUUCAUCUGGCUUCUAGGAACAAUGGUGAUGCAAAGCUUCAAUCAUGGCCUAAAAGGAACAGCUCUGAGUAUUUUAGGCUGCUUCUGAACAGCGACAUUACUCGUCAAAGGAUGAAACUUGGAUCGCAGUAUGAAUCACUUUACCCUUCUGAGGGAAGACAAACUUUCUUCUUUGGCGAUGACUUUGCUCGGUUGCAUUACACAUGGAUUGAUAUAGGGACUCCAAAUGUUUCAUUUCUUGUUGCAUUAGACACCGGUAGUGAUCAGCUUUGGGUUCCUUGUGAUUGCAUAGAAUGUGCUCCUUUGUCGGCUGAUAAUUACAAUGUGUUGGAUAGGGAUUUCAAUCAGUAUAGUCCAUCAUUGUCAAGCACCAGCAGACAUCUACCUUGCAGUCAUCAGUUGUGUAGUCCAAAUUCCAGUUGCAAACAUUCUAAGGAUCCUUGUCCUUAUUUUGCUGAUUACCCCUUAGAUGAUAAUACAUCAAGUUCUGGAUUUCUUAUUGAAGACAAACUACAUUUGGUAUCCGAUAAUGCAACAAAGAAUUCUGUUCAAGCCUCUAUCAUUUUUGGUUGUGGUAGGAAACAAGGUGGAGACUUUUUAGCAGGAGCUGCUCCUAAUGGUUUGUUGGGGCUAGGACCUGGAAGCAUUUCAGUCCCAAGUUUGCUGGCAAAGGCAGGACUUAUUCAGAAUUCUUUCUCACUUUGUUUAAAUGAAAAUGGUUCGGGGAGAAUUCUCUUUGGUGAUCAAGGAGAUGUCACCCAACAACGAUCUACUCCUUUCUUGCCUGUAUACGGGAAAUUUAUUGCCUAUGUUGUUGGGGUAGAGAGUUUCUGUGUUGCGAGUUUUUGUCUCAAAGAAACUGGAUUUGAAGCACUUAUUGACACUGGGACAUCUUUCACUUAUCUUCCUAAGGGUGUUUUUGAAAAAGUUGCGGCAGAGUUUGAUAAACAAGUACAUGCAACCCGGGUAAUCGCUCCACAAUUCCAAUCAGAUUACUGCUAUAAUGCUAGUUCACACAAGUUGAUUAACAUUCCACCGAUGAAGCUCACUUUCUCUAAGAAUCAAUCUUUUAUAAUUCAAAACCCAAUAGUUUCUAUCGGUCAGGGUCCUAGUACCUUUUGUUUGGCUGUAUUACAAUCUGAUGUUGAUGACUACAUUACCAUUGGACAAAACUUCUUAAUGGGCUAUCAUAUGGUCUUUGAUAGGGAGAAUCUAAGCUUUGGCUGGUCUAGAUCCGAUUGUCAAGAUAGCAGCAUGAGAGACACGACAAAUUUUACAUCACCAUCCAGCGGUGGAUCACCAGCAUCUAUACCAGCCAAUCAGCAGCAGCAUGUCCCCAAUAAUGCUCGUGCUGUACCACCUGCCGUUGCUGAAAAGACACCCUCCAAACCCUCUGCAGCCACACCCGGAUUUAACUCUUGGCAUUUGUUAAAUUCAUCAUCAUUGAUAUUUCUUUUGUUCUGGUUAUUAUCUGGUUAAUUCUACUAAAUUUUAAUCUACUUGUAAAUUUUUCUUCUAUACAGACUAGAUUUUAUGGGUUUUUUUGGUUCAGUUUUGUAGUCUCUGUUGUAUGUAUUGGUGUUGGUUAAUUACUUUUUAUUUUCAA